CAACCUAUUGUCUAACACAACACUUGCAUCAUAAACCCAGCAAACACCCCAUUGCUCUUCCUUGUUAUUGCAUUUUCUUAAUCAACUCUCCGCCACCUUACCAUGGCUGAAGAGAAGCACCGCCAUCACCUCUUCCACCACCACAACAAGGACGAGGAAACGCCCACUGAGGCUACUUUCGGUUAUCAGAGUAACCAGUUCUCUGAGACUACUGCUGAUGCUUACCCUAGUGAAGUAGUCCCACCACCAGUUCAUGAACAUGACUAUAAAAAGGAGGAGAAACACCACAAGCGUCAUGAACACCUCGGGGAGCUUGGCACGGCGGCCGCCGGUGCCUAUGCCUUGUACGAGAAGCAUGAGGCAAAGAAAGACCCAGAGCAUGCACACAGGCACAAGAUAGAAGAGGAGAUAGCAGCAGCAGCUGCAGUUGGAGCUGGAGGAUAUGCCUUCCACGAGCAUCAUGAGAAGAAAGAAGCUAAGGAAGAAGAAGAGGAAGCUCAUGGAAAGAAGCACCACCAUCUCUUUUAAUUAAUUAAUUAUGUGUUUCUACCUUUAGUUACUAUUAUUAAGAAAAACUCUGAAUAACAUUUGCUUCAUCCAUAGCUGUGAGCUUCCUGCUGCGUGUUAAGUACCUGUCCCUGUCAAAACCGUUGGCUUAUCUGUUUCCUUUUACGUUGUAAUCCAUGUUUAAAAUAAUAUAUAUAUAUAUAUACAUUCUAAUAAAGCUUCUGUUAUCUUCA